AUGUCGCGGAGCCAGUCGAGUCUGAGUUUGAACCAGUUCGACGGCGUUAAAGAUGAUAUCGCAGCAACCUCGGCUUCGCCCGCCCCGCCGCCGGGGAGUGCCAUGUCUGGCCCUAUAAAUCUGUCUGGCCUGGUGUGUAAUGUGCGUAGGACGACCGGUCGAGAGCCUCGUGCUUUGGUUGGCGCAACGACAACUAUCCUGGGGGAUAAGCUAUACGUCUUCGGAGGCCGCGUGCUGUCGCGAUCAAAUCCACAGCUCACAUCUGAUCUAUACGAACUAGACCUAAUCCGCAGACAUUGGACAAAACUGGAAACAUCGGGCGACAUACCACCCCCUCGGUAUUUUCAUAGUAUGUGUGCCGCUGGCGAUACGAAACUUGUAUGCUUUGGAGGAAUGUCCCCAGCAACCGGCAGCGAGACAGUGCAAGGAAACAACCAAACCGGUCAAGAUACACAAGCCGAGGUCAAAGUCAUGGCGGAUAUUCACGUUUACGAUGUGCUCAUGCGAACCUGGACCCGUGUUGCCCCCAAGGACUCUAUACAAGGCCGCUAUGCUCAUUGCGCUGCGAUCCUACCGUCCAGUACCUGCUUCACAUCAGCUAAUGCGCCUUUAUCCGCCAUCCACAGGAAUCCAUCUUCGACCAAUCCGCACCAGGGGACGCUUGGCCCUGACAUCGACGGACUGGGUGGCGCUGAAAUGGUCAUUGUCGGUGGUCAGAAUAGCUCCAACCACUACAUAGAGGAAAUCAGUGUCUUCAACCUCCGCAGUCUCAAAUGGACAUCUACAAGCCCUUUAGGUAGAAGUUGUGGUGCCUAUCGCAGUGUUGUUGCACCACUAAGCAACAUGAAUGUGUCGGAAUUGGGGAUUACAGCGGAAGACCCAGAGGCCGUGGGCCAGCCAAUUGAAAGUCCAGAGCGGGGUUCGCCUAUGCUGAUAUAUUCUAACUACAACUUCUUGGAUGUCAAGUUAGAGCUGCAAGUACGACUCCCGGAUGGUCGACUGGUAGAGAAACCCAUGGUUGGCGGUGUUUCCCCUCCUGGCUUGCGUUUUCCCAACGGGGGAAUCAUCAACAAUCAUUUUGUCGUCAGCGGGACUUAUCUCACCUCUUCCAAACAAGAAUACUCUCUGUGGGCUCUUGACUUAAGGUCACUUACUUGGAGUCGUGUUGAUGCUGGCGGAACAGUCUUCAGCAACGGUAGCUGGAAUAGAGGUGUUCUUUGGGAAAGGCGCAAUACGUUUGUCAUUCUAGGAAACCGGAAGCGAAGUUUAGUGGACGAUUAUAAUCAUCGGCGGAUCAAUUUCUCCCAUUUGUGUAUGGUCGAAUUGGAGGCAUUUGGAUUGUACAACAAUCCUUGCCGCACAGCUCCUACCUCUGGCUAUGUGUCAGUCAGCUCCCCAGCAGUCCCAGCAUCAUUGCAGGCGAAGCUGGCUCAACUCACAUCUGGCGGUCGGCCAUUCUCUGCUGCAUCGGACGAGUUGGGUAAAGUAGCAUUUUCCAUGCGUGAAAUGGCCGACAUGGAUCUUCAAGCUCUCGGAGGCGAACGCAUUCCCGUCAACUCGCGUAUUUUAGCUCGUCGAUGGGGCCCUUUUUUCAUCCAAAUACUCCGCGAAUCAUCGGACCCCGGUAUAUCAGAUUCUGCAACUCUGCGUGGUGCUGGUGGAUUCGGGCCAAGUCGCAACUCGAGCAUUACUAUCACGCCUUCUCUAGACUCCUCCAACGGCAGUUACUCCAAUGCCAGCACAUUAGUCAGUGGCAACAGCUCAUCAUCUGCCCAUUCAAGUCUACUAGCAAAUUUGGACAUCCCGUCCGCCCAUUCUAUUGCUCCAACAACGCGUCCACGAGUGUUAUAUCUACCACACACGCUACAAACAGUCAGACUGUUGGUUUACUAUCUAUACACCUCGUCACUACCUCCUGCCAGCUCUCCACUCUGUACACCACAAAUCCUCUGCUCUGUCUUGCAAUUAGCCAGGCCAUACCAGGUCGAUGGAUUAUUAGAAGCAACUGUUGAACGUCUCCACGAAGUUUUAGACGGCCGUAAUGCCGCUGCGGUAUUCAACGCAGCGGCCAUGGCCGCAGGUGGUGGUCGUGGAACUGGAUUCGUCAGUGGACUGGGCGGCACUUUGGAAGUCUUGAACGGCACACAGACCCCAAGUGACUCAUUUGCUAGCGAUGGCAUCUUUGGUGGCUUGCAGGGCCCUAUCGCCUCGGAUUCCUCUGACACGGAACUCGGUCGACACAGCCGCAUUGAUUCCCUUGGCACCUCCAAACAACUUCCGCUACGCAUCAACACCGGUAUGUCUCGUUCGCAGAAUGGCGACUACGAUGAUUCCUUCAGCGAAGCCAGCACAAGCGCAACAUCCUCCAACAACAGUUUCAGCCAGGCUGACUCGGAUACGCUUGACGAAGGCGGUACCACCUCUCGCCUACCCAGACAACGACGAGGAACCGACGCUGAGGCGACGGGACGACAGAUCUGGACUGGCGAUGUUAGCAGUGUUAUUGGGUUGCAGAAGAGAGGGUUGCGAGGGUUGAUGGAAGGUCGGAGAAUGCGCGAGCGUGGUGGUGGGAAUUCCGGAGUCCCUGCAGCACCUUCCAGUGUAGACACUACAGGGUCUGGAGAGGCCCAUAUGAACUGA